GACAGUCGCACGUGUAGAUAGAUUACUUCAAUAAAUACAAAAUUUUGUAAACAUAAAUUUUCCCGGUUAGCAUUCUUGAAGAAAAGGAUAUAAAUAAUAAAUAAGCAAGUGGGAAGGGAAAAAACGUCAAUAUGAAUCUUUUACCCAAAACACGCGAAGAUUUUACACAAACCGAAUAUUGGAAUUCGUUUUUCCAAAAACGUGGAAAGAAAACUUUUGAAUGGUACGGCGAAUAUCCCGAAUUAUGUCAUCAUUUGCAUAAAUAUAUUAAAUCGCAAGAGGAAAUUCUAAAUGUCGGCUGUGGUAAUUCAAAAUUAUGUAUGGAUUUAUACGAUGUUGGUUACAAGAAUAUUACGAAUAUUGACACAUCACCUCUGGUAGUCAAUCAGAUGUUGACACGAAAUAAAGUCAUACGCCCCGAUUUGAAAUUCAUGCAAAUAGAUGCAUGUGAUAUGAAACAAUUUGAAAAUGGAAAAUUUUCUGCAGUUCUGGACAAGGCAACGCUUGAUGCGAUUUAUGUGGAUGAAACUGAUGCCGUUCUAAAAUAUGUUCAGACUUACUGGUCAGAAAUCGAUCGCGUGUUGCGCGUCGGUGGGAGAUAUAUUGUGGUCUCGUUGCUGCAAAAGCAUAUUUUGGAAGGUCUUCUUAAACGAUUUGCCGUGAACAAUUGGAUGUUUCGUGUUGUACGCUGUAUUGAAGCUGAAGAAAAAACUGCCGAAGACGGUGACAGAUCACUUCCUGUCUUUAUGGUUAUCGUUACAAAGUUUCAAAGAUUGCCGUCGCAAAUUCUGGAAGUAUGUAUGGCCGGCGAUAAAAUGAUUCGAAUGAACAGUUUAGAAGAGAUACAGGAAGAAGUUUUCUCAGUUCAAAAGUCGGCACUGGUUUGUAGUGGACUGACCCGUAGUAAUAUUGCGGAUAUGAAGGAGGUUUCUAUUGACUUGUAUGAGCCCGCCAACAAUAAGAUUCCACGAUAUACAAUUCACAUAUUGGAUCAAAAACCAAAUCGUGAAAACGGAAGAUAUGCUGCAUUUAUUGUUCCACAAGGCCGAGAAACUGAAUGGCUUUUUUCAACGGAACCCGGUAGAAAGAAACUUCUUCAAUCUGCAAAACAUGAUCGAUUAGCCAUCGUUUCAAUGCAUCGUGGCCACAUUUAUAAAUCAUGGGAUGACGUGAAAGUAGAGUUAAGCGGCAAUAUUCGUAAUUUUUCUCCAAACGGCUUGAAAAAUAAACAGAUUCCAUUUUUGUCACUUGGUAGUGAUGUUGGCUUACGUGAAACAAUUUUUCAAGGAAAGAGUGAUUUAUCUGGCGAUUUUGUAGUAGAAGAAAUUAAAGGUGACAAUAAAACAUUUCGUCGUCUAAUUUUCCUCAGCAAUCAAUUUGUUAUUCAAUCGGAAGCCCUAGUCAAAAUUGUGAAAGGUAAAAAUAAAAAAGUCGAGAAACAGUUGGUGCCGACGUUCUUAUGCUGUCAACAUCAUUUGUACAUGUCUUUGGGAUUGCACUUUAUCAAAUCAAUGAAUGGAACCAAAUCGAAGAAAAAUACCAACUGUGCAAUCAUUGGCCUUGGUGGUGGUGGACUUUGUACGUUCAUUCAUAGAAUUUUAAAAGAUACGAAUAUUAUUGCUGUAGACAUCGAUCCAUCAAUGUUGAAAAUAGCAACUGAUUAUUUUGGCUUAGUUGAAGAUUCUCGUUUGAAAGUGGUCAUCGAUGAUGGUAUAAAAUUUUUGAAGAAGGCGUUGAAAAAUGGUCAAUCUUUUAAAGCCAUUCUGUUUGAUGUUGAUAGCAAAGAUCCCACAGUUGGUAUGAGUUGUCCGCCGACUCAAUUUUUAGAACAGGAAGUCUUGGAUGCCGUCAAAUCAUUAAUUCGGGAUACUGGAAUAUUUAUUUUAAAUCUGGUGUGUCGUGAUGAGAAAUUGCGUGAAAAAGUGCUGGUAGAUCUUAGAAGUACGUUCAGUUCUGUUGUAUCGUACAAGCUUGUCGAGGACGUAAACGAAAUUCUAUAUUGCCAGAACGUUGCAUAUGAUGGAAAGAAAUGGAAUGAUGCUAUGGAAAAAUCAGCAAAGCAUAUUAAUGAACUCCUUCAAAAGGAACAAAAUUAUUCUGAAAUAAUCGAAGUACAAGAGUUCUUAGAUCAAAUCAAAAUAUAAACUCAAUUUUUUUCUUCUAUAAUUUUAAUAAAAACAUUUUUACAUUGCUUAGGACCUAUAUCAAUAAA